CAACUUGUGAAAUAAUUUGUCUUGUGUUUCCCAGACUGUCUACGCUGUUCCUAUUUUGACCUUUGCCUUCGUCUGCCACCCCACCAUCCUGCCAAUGUACGAGGAGCUCAAAGACCGUUCCCGUAAAAAGAUGCAGAACGUUGCCAACGUGUCCUUCCUGGCCAUGUUCACCAUGUACCUGCUGGCCGCCCUCUUCGGAUACCUGACCUUCAAUGAUCAAGUAGGACCUGAGCUGCUGCACACCUAUGCCAGGGUUUAUAAGUUUGAUGUUCUCCUGCUGAUCGUCCGUCUGGCUGUGCUGACCGCCGUCACCCUCACCGUCCCUGUGGUGCUCUUCCCUCUUCGUACUUCCCUCAACCACUGCCUGUGUGCCUCUAAGGAGUUCAGCUGGCUCCGCCACAUCAUCAUCACCGUGGUCCUGCUGGGUGGCACCAGCCUCCUGGUCAUCUUUGUACCCACCAUAAGAGACAUCUUUGGCAUCUUCGGCGCCACUGCUGCGUCCAUGCUCAUCUUCAUUCUGCCCUCGGCUUUCUACAUCAAACUGGUCAAGAAGGAGUCCAUGAAGUCUGUGCAAAAGAUUGGGGCCACACUCUUCCUGAUAUGUGGAAUCGUGGUCAUGUGUGGCAGCAUGACGCUCAUCAUCAUGGACUGGAUCCACAACGCUUCAAAGAGUCCUGAAGAACAGGCCAAUGGACACUGAAGUUCCAGUUCUCUGGCUACGAUAUAUAAUGAUGGUUUGAGAUGCAGUUUUGGUUUAACUGCGCAUUUAAUCUGCACGGAUGCCAAUCAGAUCCUGCAGGGUAAUUUUUUUGUUUCUGAUUUGAAAUUGGCAGCUUUCUGGGGUUUUAUUUUUUGCCAGGUGUUCAUGUAAGCCGUGACAGUUUAUGCACAAUUUGCAGCCUUUAAAGAAAACACAAGAACUCAUUCACUGCUCAGUAUUUUGAGUGUGUUUACAUAUGGUUGCACAGUCUUGUGUUUUCAACCCGGCUUGGACUUGGUUUCCUUCCGAGUCCAGAGCCUGACAUAGGACGGUGCACUGUGCUUCCAACACUAACACAUCACCAAACUGUUAUUUUCCAUCUAUUUAUUGAUUAUAUAAUAUUGUAAUAUUGUAUAUAUAUAUAAUUUGAGUGCAACUGUAUAUAUGCUUUGUUUUGUUUGAGUUUUUUUUUUCUUUUGUACAUCAACCAUCUCUUGACCUAAGGAGCAAAGAGGGCUUUGCCUGCAAGUGUUACACUUUUGUUUCAAUGAAACACAAUGUACAUCCUGUGGUUUAAUGUUCAAUUAAAAUCAAUGAUAACAUGUAAUGUGGAUGAUUUGGUUCCUUUAUCAGGCAGUUUGAUAAACUGGUGUAGACUGGUUAUUAUUAUAAAAAUACCUCUGCAAACUAUUUGAUAGUCCUACAACCCAUCAGACUUUUUAUUGUUAAUAAAUUCAACUCCA